GAUUAUGCCUAAUAAUUCAAAUUAUUACUGGAUUAUUCUUAGCCAUACAUUACUGCCCUAAUGUAGAUAUAGCAUUUAAUAGGGUGGCUCAUAUUUGUCGUAAUGAAUCUAUUAUAGAUCUUAUACCGAUUAGAAACUUGAAUAAUUGGAGUUUACUAUUUUUUUUUUAUAGUUAUAGCAACAGCAUUCUUAGGUUACGUUCUCCCCUGAGGGCAAAUAUCUUUUUGAGGAGCUACAGAGGCUUCGCUGUUGAUAAUGCAACAUUAACUCGAUUUUUUAGGUUUCACUUUCCCCCUUUUAUCGUUUCUGCUUUAGUGAUUAUACACUACUUUUUUCUGCACCAAACAGGGUCCAACAAUCCUCUGGGAACAAAAAUAUUUUUAACAUUAAACACACCAUAUAUAUUAGGAGAUCCAGACAACUUAUUCCAGCUAUCCGCUAGUAACCCCUGUUCAUAUCCAACCAGAGUGAUAUUUUUUUUAUUUGCCUAUGCGAUCCUUCGUUCAAUCCCGAAUAAUU